CUGUAAUUGUUUGGAAGUGAUAAACACGGAUCCAAAUUCGAUGGUACGCCAUUUUUCUUGUAUCCUUUGCCUGUAUUAAAUGUGCAGCAUGUUGAUCAGAAGUGACCUAGCCAGACGUAUCUCCCUCACCUUCGUAUUGGUAAUGUCGACACUUGUCAUGUCAUGCAAUGGUUCUGGAUCGAUCAGCAUGGACGUGACGCCAGAACAAGCCACUAUCUCAGACGGGCAGGCUCCAGUAACUCUCCAGUGUACGCUCAACGAUGCUGACCCUACCGAGUACAAGAUUGAGUGGAGCCACUCUUUUCAAGGAGGCCGGGAAACUUUACAGAGCAACAGAACUGCCUACAGGGACAUCGUGUCAGGGGCGCUCACGUCCUCAUUGAUUCUGUCCGAACCAGGCCCGAUGUUCGUCAUCAGUUUGUACGUCUGUGAGGCGCACUCUCUCGGACGAGGCGGCAACCUAGUUACCUUCAAACAAUCUUUGGUUUCUCAAAAGAUAUAUGGGAGAAGAUUGGAAUGCAUCAAGUCUGGUCGUGCAGGAAGAGUCAUCCACUUGUUCCAAGAUGGCCCCCACGUUGAUAUUUCAUGUAAGAUUCCUCGAAGACCGAUCGUUGUGCUCAGAUGGAAAGCCCUACACAGAAGAAAUGACAAUGUCGGAGAUUUAUUUGGUUUUAUUCGUGGCGAUAAUGGUGUACAUCGAUACAUCAAUUCAUCUCUAAGAUGGGAUCCUCGAUUAAACGGGUUGAUUCUUUAUUGCCAAGCCCUGUCAUACCGCGCAACGGCAGCUGAGGUCGAGCCUUGCAUCGUUGGGCUUAUCAAGGUAGUGCAAUCACCGAGGAUCGUCCCAGAAUCUACCAGCAUCAGUGUAGGUCUGGUUAAUGAAGCCGAAUUUUGGUGUGAUGUGAGAGGGCUUUCGCGCCAGGCCUGUACCUUCCUGUGGACCUGUAAGCCCAUGAUAGCUGGUUGCCAUCCAAAUGGCGAUGAUGGGACUCUCUUUGUGGGUGUUGACGCAACUACUCAGAUUCCUUCGAAUGGUGAGGUUACAAUUACUUGUGAAAUCCAGUGCUCCCCCGACAUUACCGGUGAAGCCAAUGCAACUCUGAUUUUCCAGAACUGGUCUUCAGUCUCUCCUGCAAAUAACCGCCAGUUAGUGUCAGGUUUGGUGGAUGGCAUUGACUUUGAGGCGACACUUGAACUACACUCUGGCCUAGGAGAUGGAGCCACCCUGAAAUGCGCCGUGAAUAUGACGGGGUAUCAGCCAACUUUCUCAUGGUACGUCGAUGGUCAGAGAGUCGGAUUACUGGAAAACAUGACGUUCGACGGAGAGACGAAUUCUUACUACCGACUUGAAAGAUCAUUCAGUGUUGUAAUGUGCGAAGUUUUAAUAGGUGACACCAUUGCAAGGGUGUGGGACACUUUCACACAUCUGUUUUCAAGUGUCCACUCCACAUCAGUGCCCACCUCAACCGUGUCGACUGGAACUCUGAUCACAUUUGAAGAGAUUUCAAUCAGAGACAGCUCGAUCGGCAGUUAUUCCACUUACCAAUUAUCUAUUAAUCCAACAAUACCUUCAGAAGCAAGGCUUUUUCAAGGAAACUCUCGGAUAUUAGCAAUAUUCGUCAUAAUCUGUGGUUCCACCGCGCUGAUAUUUUUCCUAUGGAUGGCUGUCAGUAGAUUAACCAGACACAGUAGUUCAAGGAAGCCAAGAGAAUGCACAAAGACCAAAAUAUUCAGAACGAAACAGCGACGCCAAGAAGAUGACGGUUACCUAACACCGGAACCUAUUAGAGACCAUAGAGGCGUUUCUCUUGAGCCACUAGGCAUCGUGGGUGAAUAUGCCUAUCCUGCUUUCGAGGGGAGGAAUCCAAGUGAUUUUCAAAAUGGUCCGGAUGUGGAUCCAAUGGAUUUCCUAAACGAAGCCCAAUACGAAGAUAUUCCCUGUGAAGGCAUUGAUUCACAAUUGCAUCAAUACCAGACAGUUUCCCAAGAUUAUGCUUACGCAACUCACAAUCCUUCACCAGAAUCACAGUCAGCAUCGUCGCUCUCAUCGGCACCGUCUUCCAGUCCACCCCUUGUUCACGAAUACCAUAUCGGGCAUUGUUUCUUUCCACAAGACGAUGCAAUAUCCAGUGAGAAGCCUCAACGAAUAUACCAUGACAACCAACCUGGUAAUCAACUCGUUAACCAACUCGACAACCUUCGUACCGUCGUACUUAAAAAGCAACUUGACAAUGCAGUAGACAACAGUAUUCACCUGGAACUUGACCACCGCCUCGAUAACGUGAUGUUUGUCAAAUAUUAUAAUCUACUUGACAACCAACUUGACAAUGUACUCGUCAACCAACACGACAACUUACUUGACAAUCAACUCACCAAUCUACUUGACAACAAACACGACAACCUACUUGACAUGACAACAAUCUACUCGUCAACCAACAUGGCAACCAACACGACAACCUACUUGACAACCAACACGACAGCCUACAUAAAAACGAACACAACCUACUUGACGAUCAACUCGACAACCUACUUGACAACCAACACAACAAUCAACUCGACAACCAACACGACAAUCAACACCACAACCUACUUGACAACCAACACGACAAUCAACUCGACAACCUACUUGACAACCAACACAACAAUCAACUCGACAACCUACUUGACAAUCAACACGACAAUCAACUCGACAACCUACUUGACAAUCAACACGACAACCUACUUGACAACCAACACGACAAUCAACACCACAACCUACUUGACAACCAACACGACAAUCAACACGACAACCUACUUGACAACCAACACAACAAUCAACUCGACAACGAACACGACAAUCAACACCACAACCUACUUGACAACCAACACGACAAUCAACUCGACAACCUACUUGACAACCAACACAACAAUCAACUCGACAACCAACACGACAAUCAACACGACAACCUACUUGACAGGGUUGGCGAUUUUUUGA